UUUGACGGGAAGAGGGCACAGAACGGUCUCAGGGUUAAGGGUUGGGGCUGACGUCAGGAGCCAAGAUGGCGGCAGUGGCCGGGUUCUCCUUGAGGCGACGGUUUCCGGCCACGGUCCUUGGCGGAAGCUGCCUGCAGGCCUGCCGAGGGGCCCAGACAGCUGCAGACAGAGCUCCCCGAAUCAAGAAAUUUGCCAUCUACCGAUGGGACCCAGACAAGACUGGAGAUAAACCUCGGAUGCAGACAUAUGAAAUUGAUCUAAAUAAAUGUGGUCCCAUGGUGCUGGACGCGCUCAUCAAGAUCAAGAACGAGAUGGACGCCACCCUGACCUUCCGGAGGUCCUGCAGAGAAGGUAUCUGUGGCUCGUGCGCAAUGAACAUCAAUGGAGGCAACACUCUGGCCUGCACACGCAGGAUCGAUACCAACCUCGGCAAAGUCUCCAAAAUCUACCCCCUGCCGCACAUGUACGUGAUCAAGGACCUCGUUCCCGAUUUGAACAACUUCUAUGCCCAGUACAAAUCCAUUGAGCCCUAUUUGAAGAAGAAGGACGAGUCCAAGGAAGGCAAGCAGCAGUAUCUGCAAUCCAUAGAAGACCGCGAGAAACUGGAUGGGCUGUAUGAGUGCAUCCUCUGUGCCUGCUGCAGCACCAGCUGCCCCAGCUACUGGUGGAACGGAGACAAGUACCUGGGGCCCGCGGUCCUCAUGCAGGCCUACCGCUGGAUGAUCGACUCCAGGGAUGACUUCACAGAGGAGCGCCUGGCCAAGCUGCAGGACCCGUUCUCGCUGUACCGCUGCCACACCAUCAUGAACUGCACACAGACCUGCCCCAAGGGUCUGAAUCCAGGCAAAGCAAUUGCUGAAAUCAAGAAAAUGAUGGCGACCUACAAGGAGAAGAGAGCUGUGGUUUAACAUCCCCUGCUAGGCAUGGCUUAGGACCAGCUCAGAGCUGGAUGUAAUUUAUGUCUCGUUGGGAUUCCUUGCAAGGUCUUGAUUUUCCAUGAACAUUUCAUGUAAAAUAAACAUUUCAAGAAAUAAAUAAACGUUACUUCAUUAACAAAAGCAAGCC